GGAUAGGAGUUGUUAGCAAGAAAAACAAAAUUGGAUUACAUAACCAUAAACCUCCAAUAUGGGAUUUCCAAAUCAAUUUUACUUUUAAAAAAAGCCGACAAUGGCUUCAUUUUCAUGGCCAGUUUUGUUAGAAGUUAAGAAGAGAAUCAGAGAUAAAAUUGGCAUUGACUUUUUCAAAAUUGAGGCUGACACAAAAGCAAUUUCCAAACAAGAAAAUUUGCAUUUGAAUUUGAACAUAUAGGAUGAUUUGAACAAGUGUUUUUUUUAACUAUUUACGGUGCGUUACACGUCAUACCACGAGCGUAACCAAGGAUUUAAUGUAUUGAACCCCGUUGUCGCUUGGUGAUUUUCUUUUGGAAUCCAAAAGUGAAAUCAGAGGGAAAAUUAACUAAAAGCUUAUAAUUACCUGCUUAAGAAUGCGUUACUUUUUAUGUCACACUGAGAGUGCGUAACAGAAGUAAACGCGUGGCAAUAUUAAACACAGCUGAUUUACUCACGCGUAAUAUUUGCUGUAGCUGGUCAUUCAAACGUUCGUUUUCAAUCGCUCGUACGAGAAGACUUCAAUAUAUAAUUUAUACUCACUCUAUCAAAUGUACUCGUGAAGCAGUGGAAAUCAGAACUGGAUGGAACGACGACAAGCAAACUGAAUAUGCCAUGCCAAGGAUUUCGACUGUGUUCGUCUUCCGGGCGACUUUUGCAUUGGUUCUUUUCAUUUUAAUUGGACAGAUUUUAUUGUUUACCCUUACGAGAUGUAGAGGGUUGGUAGAUGAAGACACUAACGUGAAAAAUCGUGAAAAGGCGACCGAAGAUCCUCUGGAAAAACUGUUGCUGUUGACGGAGAAAAUUCGACUCCUCAAGCUCGAUGUUAAAAAUCUCAGACGCGAGAAUGGCGCUUUGAGCAAUGCCAUACGUGAACAAGCAACCCGUAACGAGGAAAUCUCAAAGGAGUUAGCACGGCUCAAAAAGGCGGAAAAAAUCACAAUCGCUCAACAACUUAGCAAAGAAAAAAGCCAAGUAGCGAGAGGAGAAUUUCUAAAGGGUCAACCUGUGAGAACAGAAUUUGAGGUGGUUCCGUUUGAUGGAGUGGCUUUCAAUGCGGUUUAUCAAAUUGAUCACGGUCUAUCGGGUAAUCCAGCUGAAAGGCCCUACGGCUUUAAGGGCAAGGAUUACUUUGAAGUGAUGAAUUUUGCUGUUGAAGCGCUUUACAACUACGAGGGCAAAGAUAUGGAGACGACAGCAAGGGAUCUUGUAGAUGGGAUAAUGCGGAUCGAUCGACUUGUAGGCUCACAGUACGAUUUCUACUUCAAAUCAGCAAACAGCAAAGUGUUUCAUCGUGUCAAAAUUGAGAGACCGUUUGGUCCCCUGCGCCUUGCAGGUAGUAUAGAGACAAUCGACACCAAUAACGAACUCAUCAAUUUAAUUUUGCCCCUGUCAGGACGGCUGGAUAAGUUUAAACUUUUCCUGGAUAAUUUUGUCGAUGUUUGCAUCAGAUGGGACCAGUCAGUUUUCCUUACAGUUGUAUUUUUCGGCCAAGAAGGAAAGGAAGAGCUGGAAACCCUUAUGAAAAACGUCUCCAAAGCGGAGAACUUCUCAGAUUAUAAACUGGUAUUUACUGAUAAACCAUUCUCCCGAGGCUAUGGUCUCCAACAAGGGGCUGUUGCCUGGGAGAAAGGUAAUGUCCUCAUGUUCUUUUGUGAUGUGGAUGUUUUCUUCACAGCGGGAUUUUUAGAACGCUGUAGAUUCUACUCCACCCCAGGGGUAAAAGUGUACUACCCGGUAGUGUUUAGUCUGUAUAACCCUAUGAUUGUUUAUGGGGGGUCACCCCCUCCCACCCAAAAUCAGCACCGCAUUAAUCGUGAGACUGGUUAUUGGAGGGACUUUGGAUAUGGAAUGACUUGUCAGUACAAGAAUGACUUUAUUAAUAUUGGUGGCUUUGAUCUGUCGAUCAAGGGUUGGGGAAUGGAAGACGUGAAGUUAUACCGCAGCUACCUUGCCAGCAACUUGGUGGUUAUACGAGCAGCUGACAGAGGUAUCUUCCACACAUGGCAUCCUAAGUUCUGUAGUCGCAAUUUAACUCAGGCACAGUUUUUAUCCUGCAUUAAAAGCAAAGUGAAGUCAGAGGCAUCACAACCACAACUUGGUCUCUUAGCAUUUGGUGAGAAAAUUUUUGAUGAAAAAGAGACUAACUGGAUUGAGCAACUUCAGGCUUCCAAGAAAAAGGAAAUUACAAAGACACAAACCUAGAGGCCAUUUUUGACUGAGAAUUUGAGAAUUACUUGUAAAAUAUUUUUAAAAAACUGGUUUAGUCCUAUCAUGUUAAUUGUUAAAUUGAAAAUUAAUGUCUUAUCAAUUAGAAGUACUGAUUUGUCCUGGAAAUUAUCAGUCAUUAGCUUAGCCAUGAAGGAUUGCCAUGCAGCUUAAUUGGUCUAGGUCAUUCUAAUUAUCCAGUAGAUUACAUAUCCUGAUACCAACUGGAUUAUGAUUAUAGGCUUAGUCCUAUGGAUAAAACAUAGUUUCUAGUGAUCUAGAAAAAUGAUAGGAAUGCUACAUAAAGGACAAGAAACAGGCUUAUUCUCAAACACAUGUUGGGCUUUAAAAAAAUUUGCAUCUGAGAGCAAGUUUCUAGUCUUUAAUCAUCCUGUGUUUAUUCUGUCACUGAUAAAAUCAAACCAUCUUUGUGGAUCUGAAGACCUAAUUUAAAUUUUACAAAUGGAAUUACCAAAUAUAGCAUUCCGUGACCCUUGAUAAGAUUUCUGGCUCUUUGUAUGCAUAUUCACACAUUCAAAUGAUUAAAAUUAAUAUGGAUAAAUAUUGAUACUCCAUUAUGGGUUGUUCAAGAGCAAGUUUCUUGGUAUAAUAUUAUCCAUCUCAUUAUCCUUCACAUUGAACAUAUUAUAUUUGAAAUAGGAAAUCCUCAACAUACCAAAAUGUGAUAAGAAGAUUAACAUUUUUUAUUAGGGUUAUGGUAUUAGACUAGAUAUUUCCUGGAGGGUAGGGGAUUUAAUUCAAUUUUGGUAGUAAAACAUUGAUUUAGAAAUUAAUGCAUUUUUGUAGUGAUAUUGUUUAGAAAAAUAUUUCACUAAUGGAGGGUGAUUAAUAUGUAUAGCUUUCUCAGAUAAUUUGAAUUAUUCCUGGACAUGGGAUAACUUGCAUUGUUUCAUUCUAUACUUGGCCUUCUGAUAAAAAAAGGGCAGCUGGAAAAAUAAAUUCAAUUUGAAUGGUUCCUAUGCUGCUGUGUAGGCACAGCUUAUACAAAAAGCAAAAGCUUUUGCCAUUAAAAGCUUUCUCAAACUAUGAUUUAUAUUAUAUCAAAAGGUUAAAUGUAUUCUUUGAAUAUUAUUUAUUUCUUACAAAUAGCAGAUAUACAAUAAUAUAUAAAAUAAAAGAGAUAAA